UGUGCCUCUCUUUAUCAAACACACAGGUCAGAGGGAGAUUAAUGACUCCGAAGCCAAACCCAUCGGACCCCGGGCCCCUCGCAAAGCGGAAAUGUGAUUUUCUCACGCAAGCUCUUCGUAUAGGGGGCGGGGUUUUCCUUUCACUUCCUGCAACGCUGCAUAAAUACUCUCCCUGUGUGUCCCUCUGUGCAACUUUACAUUGAACACCAGGACCACAUCUGCUGCCAACAUGAGUCAAACAGAACCUCCAACUCAAGCAUCUCAAUGAAGACCAGGAUGGAACUAGCAGCAAAGACGAAGGAUGAAGACAAACUUUACAAGCGAGACGGUAUUCUGUACUCCACAAUCCUGAGCCCACCAGAGACCAUGGAUAAGUUAAAAGAUCUGGAAGCCAGAGAAGAUGACGUUGUUCUGGUAGCCUACCCCAAAUGUGGGUUCAACUGGGUGGUGUCAGUCUUGCGCAAAAUCAUAAACGCGUCCACUGGCAAAAACGAGGCGCCGCCCGAUAGGCCUCCACUGGUCGAGUUUCUACCUCCAGACGUUCAGCAGAAACUGUCAGAAAUGCCUCCGCGGAGACUUCUGGGAACUCACCUGCACCCUGACAACAUGCCUGCCUCUUUCUUCAGCAAAAAACCAAAGAUUCUGGUGGUCUUCAGAAACCCAAAAGACACUCUCGUCUCAUACUUCCAUUUCAUGAACAAGAACCCGGUGCUGCCCAGCGCUGAGCCGUGGGACAAAUUCUACUCAGACUUCAUGUCUGGUGAAGUUCCCUGGGGGUCUUAUUUUGAUCACGCUCUUGCCUGGGAAAAACGAUUUGACGAUCCAAAAGUAAAGAUUGUGACGUAUGAGGAGCUCAAACAGAACUUACCGGAGGAAGUGAAGAAGAUCUCGGAGUUCUUCGGCUUCCCGCUGACAGAGGAACAGGUCAACAGCAUCGCUGAGCAGAGCACCUUCAGGGCCAUGCUGGAAACCUCAAACAAAUCCCACGGCAACUUGGGCUCGGUCUUCUUCAGAAAAGGUGAGGUGGGCGACUGGAAAAAUCUGUUUUCCGAGGAUCAGAGUAAACAGAUGGACGAGCUCUACCACAGUAAAAUGGCUGGAACCAAACUAGGGGCUCAGAUGAAGUAUGACCUCUACUGCAAAUAAAUGUGAAGAUGAUCACCGAUGAUUUUCUGUAAUGUACUGUCACUAACACUAGCAGCAGAUCACGAACAUGUUCCAUUGCUUUGAUGUUGGGUUUACUGGUGCUUUCUAUUCCUUGUAAUAAAAAAUGUUUUUCACUCAA